UAAUCUGAUUAAUAAUAUGGUGAGUUUAAUUUUUAAUAUAAAUAUUAAAGUAAGAUGAAAUUGAAAGUAUAACCACAUCUAAUAACAGUUUAUGGUGGGAUUCAAUGUUCCACAGAAUCAAGUAAUGUUAAGUUGGUGCUUAAAUGCAUGGCAUUAUCUCCUGUAAAGUGUUGUAGAUAGAGAACCCAUAUCUCCUAUCCUUAUUGAAAAAGAAAUUGAAAAGGUGGAUGCGUACCAAUUUUGAGCGUUUUGUGGAGGAUGUGUGGUUUGGAAUAUAUUGGAAGGAGGAAGAUGCAGGGUUGCCCAUUCUCUACGCGCUAAUUUUAGAAAUAUAUAGUUAGCAUAGAAGCUUUAAUUACACCCAGGAAUGGAAGGUGUUGAAUUUCCACAUACAUUUCUAAAUAACCAAAAGGGCUUGGCCAACCUUCAAAAGUUGGCACUUAGCAGCUCAGAGCUUUAGAUAUUCAGGUUUUCACCCUUUUUUACUGGUGUAAACUGGGAUUCAAAACUUUAGUUACUAGGCCCUGUUUAAAUUUCUAACACAACACAAAACAAAGCAAAGAUUAGAGAGAAACAAAAAUGAAAAUAACAAAGGCCCAACUGGUUUUCCUGUUUUCAUUUGCCACACUAAUUCCGACACUAUGGGGUGGUGGUGGUAAUAUUGCUGAUUUUGACGACGUAUGGAAGCGACGUGCCGAUCAGGCAUGGAAGAACACUCUGGCAGCUUACGAACCAAGCCCAGAAAAUGUCACCAGUAAAUUCAAUGAGAAUGUUCACAAGGCUCUUGUUGCAAAUAAAAGUAACAAAACCAAGGAUUUGGAGGGUAGUGAAGAUAGGAGGAACUUGAGGGGCAAACACAAAAAGUACACGGGUCCAUGCAUGGCCACAAACCCCAUCGACAGGUGUUGGCGAUGCAGACCUGACUGGGCCGAGAACCGUAAGAGGCUGACGCAAUGCGUGAUUGGUUUUGGCCACCGAACCGAAGGAGGAGAGAAAGGGAAAUACUAUGAGGUUACUGAUAAUUCCGAUGAUGACCCGGUCAAUCCUAAACCCGGAACUUUACGUUUUGCCGUCAUCCAGAAAAGGCCAUUGUGGAUCAUUUUCGCUCAUGACAUGCACAUCAAAUUAUCACGUGAGCUCAUUGUCCAAAGCAAGAAGACGAUCGACGGUCGUGGAGCCAACGUUCAUAUCGCGCAUGGAGCUGGCAUCACACUUCAAUUCGUGGACGAUGUCAUCAUCCAUAGCAUUCAUAUUCAUCACAUUGGUCCAAGCAAGGCUGGCCUAAUCAGGGACUCAGUGGAUCAUAUAGGAUUGAGGACAACGGGUGAUGGGGAUGGCAUUAACAUCUUCGGAUCCACAAACAUUUGGCUCGAUCACCUUUCCAUGUCGGAGUGUCAAGAUGGACUCAUUGAUGCUAUCCAAGGUUCCACUGCCAUCACAAUCUCAAACUGCCAUUUCACCCACCAUAACGAUGUGAUACUACUGGGUGCAAGUGACACCUACGAAAGAGAUAAACUAAUGCAAGUCACAGUUGCAUUCAACCAUUUUGGGAAAGAACUGAUACAAAGAAUGCCGAGAUGCAGGUGGGGAUUCUUUCAUGUUGUUAACAAUGAUUACACACAUUGGAAAAUGUAUGCAAUUGGGGGUAGCAUGCAUCCCACCAUUAUCAGCCAAGGUAAUAGGUUCAUUGCUCCAGACGAUCCCAAAGCCAAAGAGAUAACGAACAGGAACUAUGCACCCCAGUCGGAAUGGAGCAAGUGGGUAUGGAGAUCGGAAGGAGAUUUGUUGUUGAACGGAGCCCGUUUUACAAAAUCGGGGCCGGAUAAAUCUCCCCAGUUUGACUUCACCAAGAUGCAGAUGAUCAAAGCCAAGCCAGCAACAUUUGUGAGAAGACUCACCCGUUUUGCUGGGGCUCUUGACUGCGAAAAGGGGAACAAGUGUUAGAUUUCUAACAGUGGAGUCUAUACAUUUCUUUUUUUAAUUUUUAAUAUGAAGAUGAUGGAGAAUAGAAAAUCUCUUAUUUGUAAAUAUAGAAGAUGACAGACUGACUACCCGCCGGGUUUGGUUGCGGGUGUACAGUUUUUUAAGACUUACUGCAAUUUUUAUUUCUUGCAUUUCAUUUUAGACUUUUGCUAGUAAUAUUUUUCAAAAAAAAUAAAAUUUUUAAGCUUUUCAUCAUUGUCAAGAAUAA